UUUCUCUGCUAUGUUUACUUCUUAACUCUCCACAGGAAUAUCCUCUGCAGGUCUGAAACAGGUUGAAGGUCUGCUGAUAACAAGCAGGAACUUUGCAUGUGUCAGCGGCAGGAAUGAGACCUCCUCACCGCUGAUCUCAACAUGAGAGAGUGGUGGAUCCAUGUGGGUCUAAUUUGCGUCCCGCUCGUGGCCGUCUACCUGCACAUCCCGGCCCCUCACCUCUCCGCCACCCUACAGAAGUGGCACAGCGCCGGGGAUUUCUUCCACUUCAGAGGGAAGAAGAUCUUUUAUAGAGACUCCUACGGUGCUUUGGGAAGCUCAGAUGUGGUCCUUCUGCUCCACGGCUUCCCCACCUCCAGCUAUGACUGGAACAAGAUCUGGGAUCCGCUCGCACAGCGCUUCCAUCGAGUCAUUGCACUGGACUUCCUUGGAUUUGGUUUUAGUGACAAACCUAGACCCCACAGGUACUCCAUCUUUGAACAAGCCAGUAUAGUUGAGGCCAUGGUGGCCCACUUGGGUCUGAGCAAUCAACGACUCAAUUUGAUAUCCCAUGAUUAUGGAGAUACUGUGGCCCUAGAGCUGCUAUACAGGAGUGACCAAAAUCGGACAGGGCAUCUGAACUUCAACAGUCUGUGUUUAACAAAUGGAGGAAUAUUUCCAGAAACACACCACCCACGGUUGCUGCAGACACUGUUGAAGGACUCAAGUAUUCUGGCAACAUUUCUGACGCGCCUCACCAACUUUAUGAUCUUCCAAAAGGGCGUUAGAGAAGUAUUCGGUCCCUACACUCAGCCCACAGACGCAGAGUUCUGGGACAUGUGGACAAGUUUACGCUACAAUGACGGCAACCUGGUUUUGGACAGUAUUCUCCAGUACAUCAAUCAGAGAUUUCAACAUAGAGAUCGAUGGGUGGGAGCACUCACAUCCACGCAUGCUCCAUUGCACAUGAUCUACGGACCCCUGGACCCUGUCAACCCCCAUCCACAGUUCAUCCGUCUUUAUAUGCAUUUGGUGAAAAGGUCAACAGUCACCAUUCUGGACGACCACAUCAGUCACUACCCACAGCUGGAGGAUCCCACCGGUUUCCUAAAGGCUUACUUCAAUUUCAUUCACUCUUUCUAACCAGAUCGCAAACGCAUGCCUAUUGUGAGGUAUCAAAAUCAGAUGCAAAAUAACUUAAAUUAUUUCUAACUGCCAAUUAAGAAUGUUGACUAACUUAAACGAUGAAGUUAAGUCUGAGGAAAGAAAAUCAUGAUUUAUAAACCUUGAGAUAAAUUAUAGUCAGUGAGCAUAUCUGUUGAACACUAUCCUGCAUUGUGAAUUACUUUUGAUAUAAUUUUCUACAUUCUU